AUGGCAGAGGCAGUCAUUUUAUCGCUGAUACAAAAUCUGGAAAAAUAUCAAGAUGACGGACAAGAUGAGAGUGAAGAAAUGGAAACAGUAAUUGAAGACAUGAGAGAGAUUGUGGAUAUAGUGAGGGAUAAGAAAUAUGGAGAGGGAAGAAGACUUCGGUUUUUGGUAUCUGAUUUGGUCUACAUGGCUCAAUAUGCCCUCGACUUCAACAACACGGGAAGAAGUGAUAAGAUAGAAUACAUCCAAAGUUGGGUUGUAGAGAUCAAAAUGCGGUUGCUAAAACUGGGAGUUGAUGGGCCAGAGACAGAGUCCAACUCAGAAAAUGAUGAUGAAGAUCAUGUGGUGGUAGGUCUGGAAAAAGUUAUAGAAAUGGUGCUCCGCACAUUGAUUCUUCAUACUAGCCAAUUUCCUUCAAUGGUUGUUAUCAAAGGCAUGUCUGGGAUUGGAAAGAUGACUCUGGCUAGAGAGAUAUACAACCAUGCAGAUGUCAUUGCGCGAUUCAAGUAUCGUGCUUGGAUAUGUGUUUCUAAUGUCUUAACUCUUAAAGAGAUAUUUAUCAAAUUACUUCUGCAUCUUCAUGGAGUAGAUGGUGCAAGUCUUUAUACAUCUUCAUCAUUGGAGGAAAUGGACAACCAAAGCCUUCUAGAUAUGCUUCCCCAGCACCUACAAGGAUUGCCAUAUUUGAUAGUUCUUGACGACCUGCCCAAACAAAUAUUUUUAGAAUCUCUUUUGUGGGCUAUUUACUCACAAGGUUCAACAUUGGAGUUAUUGGAACCAUAUUAUCAGAAAUUGGAUCCCAGAUUGCUGCCGUGUUUCAUGUUUCUGGCCUUGUUUAAGGAAAAUACAACUUUGAGGGAAAAUAAGUUGUCGCAGAUUUGGGAAGCGGCAGGAGGAUUGUAUGAUAGUGAUUCAUACAUAUAUGGUUUACUUGAUGAAUCUGUUAUUGAUAAAGUCAACGACAAGAGCACAUGGUAUCGCAUGAAUCCAGUGCUACACCGAUUAUCCAUUAAAAAAGCAGAGGAGGGAAUAGAUUUUGAGAUCCUUGGAAGUACUCAAUUAAACAGAAAUCCAAGCCAUCGUGUGAUCAUUUGUAGCAGAGACAAUUUCAGCUACCCAACGAAACAAGACAAAUAUCUUAUUUCUCUCUUCUUCCAUGGAGGUGGUUAUUUCAAUGCUAGUCCAUCUUAUUGGAAAGGCUUUGAAAAACUUGAGAUACUUGACUUGGAAGAUUUUGGGUUGAAGAAUUUACCUGAAGCGAUCGGCACAUUGAUGGAACUAAGAUACUUGGGAUUGAGAAAUAAUUACAUAAAAGAGCUCCCAAAAUCGGUGGGGCGCUUGAAAAAGCUUGAGGUUCUUGACAUAACUCAAAACUUUAUGGUGCAAGUACCGGAUAUUAUAUGGGAAAUGGGUAGCCUUCGCCAUGUCUACAUGUGUGAUGUUAUUUCCAAUAAGCCUUUAAAGAUACAUGCGCUACGGGGGCUGAAGACCUUAACCUCGGUCUCAUUUAAUUAUCUAAUAUGUAAUGAGCUCUUAAUGUGGAACAUGUUGACUUCGCUGGAGAAAUUGGGUGUACAUGAUUUGGAUGGAAACACACGUGUAAGAAAUCUCUUUUGGUUACUGCCCGGCUUAAAAAAAUUUCGCCACCUAAUCUUAAGAGGCCACCGUUUUAGAAGCAUGCCUUGUUUGGAUGGGUUUGGUAUUGUAAAAGAUCUCGAAACACUCAAAUUGGAUGGACACCUUGAUAGGUUGCCAAAUAGUUUCCCUUCCAAGCUAACUUACUUGACGUUGGCUAAUAGCUGUCUUAAUGAAGAUCCCAUGCCACUACUUGGGAAGCUACCUCACUUAGAUCCCAUCCCAAUUGCAUAA